ACUUUAGUUCCUCAGUUCUAAAUUUUUGCCGAGGCAGAAACACAGCUCUCGAUUUUUUUUUUUUUAAAGUGUUGCUGACGGAACUGAGAUAACUUUUUACUCCACCAUGUAUAUCCUUGGAAUAGCCUUAACAAGUGAAAGAUGUAAUAAAUUAGACAUCUCUUCAUUUUAGAAAGAGAAGAUGGAAACAUCACUGGUUUUCUUUUCUCAAUUAAAUAUGUGCGAACCAAAAGAAAAAACUUUUUUCAAGUUAAUACAUGGUUCAGGAAAAGGAGAUACAAGCAAAGAAGCCAAAAUCAGGGAUAAGGAAAAAAGAAAUAGGCUAAGUCUUCUUGUGCAGAAACUUGAGUUUCAACAAGAUAUCCUCUCUAAUAGUUCUGGGCACUUGGCCAAAGAAACAAGAAUCUCCCCUGAAGAAGCAGUGAUAUGGGGUGAAUCAUUUGACAAACUGCUUUCCCAUAAAGAUGGACUGAAGACUUUUACCAGAUUUCUUAAAACCGAAUUCAGUGAGGAAAACAUUGAAUUUUGGAUAGCCUGUGAAGAUUUCAAGAAAAGCCAAGACCCUCAACAAAUAAUUCGUAAAGCAAAAUCAAUAUAUGAGAAGUUUAUACAGAAUGACGCUCCACAGGAGGUUAACCUUGAUUUUCACACCAAAGAAAUCAUCGCCAGGAGCAUCACCCAACCCACCCUCCACAGUUUUGAUGUGGCACAGAGCAGAGUGUACCAGCUCAUGGAACAAGACAGUUACAUGCGGUUUCUGAAAUCUGACAUCUAUUUAGACUUGAUAGAAGGAAGACCUCAGAGGCCAACAAAUCUUAGAAGACGAUCACGUUCAUUUACCUACAAUGAAUUCCAGGAUGUAAAUUCAGAUGUGUCCAUUUGGUUAUAAAGAAAAAUCAAUUUUGCUCAUUUUGCUGGCAUACUUACACAUCUGCUUCUGAGAUACAGCAUCUUUAUGCUAACAAAUGGGUAUGCCUUUUAAAAUAAAGUAUGUCAUUUGAAAUGAUUUUAAAAAUGUAAACCAAAACUUUUAUUCUAGCACUGUAUAUUGUAUCUGCCAAUAUAGUCUGUAAAAGUUUCCAUUUGACUUUAUUUCAUUCAUAGUCAAAAAAACUUACUGCUUAAUUAAAAGGCAGUAAAGAAAUAACAGCAAUGUUGUAUAAGCUUGUAAAGUUAAGUAAAGGUUAGGCUUUUGCAAAAUUGUCAACAGUAAAGCCAAAUAUCUAGUUUGUUUUUUUUUUUCUAGUUGUAAACAUUAUAAUGCUCAGACAUUGAUACAUUUGGAUAUUUUCUGUAAUGAUGAAACUUCUCUCCAGCUCAGUUACAGAGACUGGAGAAGUGAUCCACUUCUUAUAAAGGGAGUGGAUGAUCAUUUGUUCUUGGAUUACUAACCCUGGCUCAUGAAUAGCAAUGUAUCACUUCCAGAUAUAAGCCAGUAACAGCAACCUUUGAGAGGACACAUUCAUCUCUACAGAACUUCCAAGUUAGACAUAACCUGGGCUGAUCACGGAGGGUGGAUCCACACUUGGGCUCAUUCUUCAGUGAGCAUGGACUUACCUGGAUACACAGAACCAUGUCUGCGGGCCACAGAAACAUGAGCAGAUGGUGCAACAGCUCCAGGUGAGGACUGAGGCGAGCAUCUUCUCAUCCGUCAGGAGAACCUGCUGCUAAAAUAGUGGGCAGUCAGUCACUGGGAUGAUGACCAGAGGAGGUACAUCCCCAAAGUAACGAGCCUUCAUUUUUGGAAUGAGAUGAAGAAAAGAAAUCGGGAAUCCAAGGCCGUGGACACUCAGGGAUCGGCCGCACUGGCUCGCAUUCAGGAAGUGUUCCUCCACGGAUGACUUCCUAUUCCACAUCUCACGGAAUCAUUUACUACGAUCUUAUUCAAAGAUGAUGAUGCUAAUAAGUAUGUAUGUCUCCACUUUUAGGGAAAUACUUACUUUCAGAUGUGUGUUGCAUGGUCUGUAAAUGUCUGUAUUUAAAGAUGCCAUACGUUUUGCUUUGGUAAAUGUUAUCUUCGUUGAAAUGUAAAGUAUAAAAACUGUAGAUGACCAGUAGUAAUAAAUAUUAUAAAUUUUU